AGGCUACCCAAUAAUCAUUCCCCCUGGUUACCAAAUAAAAUCAACGACCAUGGAAACCCCACAACUCCCGAGAAAGAAACCUUAAACAAAUGUCCAGUCAAUAACCAAUCUCUCAAUCAUGCAGUAUUGCUGGCUGCCCCAAGAGCGACGAGAACCAGUUUUCCGGGAAAAGCCACCGGUGGUCAUCUCCAGUAGCAGAUUCCAACGAAUCCGGGCGAAUGCCAGUCAGGCGGCCAAAAAAGAGCAACUUCAUCAGCAGCUGAUGCGCAAUGAGGCGGAUGAGAAGCUGCGGAUUGGGGGCGAGGAGCUCCUCCGGAAAUUCGCCGGAAGGAAUCUGUGCAUCACGCGGGAGGAGGAGUGUGCCCGGGAACUGAAACAGCAGCAGGAGGAGUACCUCGAGGCCAAACGUCUGGCGGAGGAGGAGACCAAGGCCUCUCGCUUGGAGCACCAGAAAACCAGAAAAGAACGCAUCGAGGCUGCCCAGAAACUGCUGGAGCAACUGCGUCCUGGUCCACGGGAACUUCAAUGUGCCCGACUACAAAGUGAGGUCCUGCGAAGUGUGAAUGUUCAGCGGGAGGUGCAGGCGGAGUUCGCCAAGGCCACCCAACAGCAGCAGGAGCUGGACAGGAAGAUCUUCCAGGAGCAGGUGCUUCGAGGAUUCGAGGAGGCCCAGCAGCGCCACAAGGAGCAAUGCCAGCAGCUGGCCGAGCACAAAAAGGAGCUACUGCACUUGAUUGCGGAUAGAGAGCGGGAACGCCAGGCCACCAAAGCCAAGGAGUUGGAGGAAGCCCUUCAGGAGCGUGAGCGCAACGAGCGAAUGCUGAAGGAUCAGCGGGACAAGGAGAAGGAGGAGCUGGCUUCCAAGCAGCGCCAGAAAAGGGAGGGGGCUCUGGCCUCCUUGGUGAUGUCCAAACAGCGCCACUUGCGUCUCCAGAUGCUCGAGGAGGUGGAGCAGGUGCAGUGCGAUGUCCACAACCAGGCCAAAGGACGACUGGAGAAGCUGAAACGCGACAGGGCCAAGGAGCGAGUGGAGCAGCGCAUCCGGAGGAAUGAGAAACUGGCCAAGGAGCUGGCUCCUCGCCUGCACUACAGUGCUCGGGAGGAUGAGGAGCGCCAUCAGCGCCAGUUGGAGGAGAUGCGGAAAGUCCAUAGUGCCGAGCAGGCCAAAAAGAGGGAAGUCAGGGAACAGGCCAAGAAUGCUCGUUUGGCCAUCCAAAAAGAGGAGGAGGAGCUGGCCAGGAAGAUCAGGCAGCGAGCGGAGGAGGAGCGACGGGAGGCGGUGAAGCUGCGCCUCCAAAACGAUCUCACCAAUGUCCAGUUCAAAAAGCAGCAACGGCAGGAGCACCUCCAACGCAUUACAAAACUCCGCCGAGAACUCGAUGACCAGGUGAAGAAACGCAUCGAGGAGGAGACCCGACCAGGUACCAAUUACAAUCGUGAGGCCCAAUUGGAGGAGCUGCGCGAGGAUGCCUUCUUCUUCGAGUACGCCCACCAGCUGAUGGACGAGGCCAAUGCCAAAGGGUGUCCCCUAAAGCCAUUCAUCCGUGCAGUUGGCCAGUACAAAAACGAGAAUCGCAUAGGAGCGGAGAUACGGAUACCCCGCCACAUGGUCACCCGGUUGCCCAUGGGAAGACGUACCCAAGGAGAUAGCCAACCGGAGGACAAGGAAAAGUCCUUGGGCAAACUGGAACCCAAUGCCGAGGAGCUGAGCAAGGAAGAGCAGCUUCAGAGGCAGAAGAUCGAGGAGAGCCUUAAGAAAAUAGAAUCCCUGAUAUUACAGGAAAGCAAUGCUAAGAAGGAUGCAAAGAUUUCAAAAUAAAUUAUAACGACUAGAGAAGAUCUUUACGCAAAAUUUAAACAAGCCCAAUAUUCCACCGUAUUUGUAUAAUUUAAGUUGAGAAGUUAUGCUUAAUAUUACAACCUCACCAUGAAAUCAAAAAUAACCUAAAGAAACCUCAAAACAAAAUGCUUGAAAACAAAACCACUAACUUACUUGAAUUGUGGUUAAUUUUGUAGGCUGUAACUCGAAGACAAAAGUAUUCGAUUGAUAUCCAUUACAAAUGUAUUGAAUUGCAAUUAAAGGUGCGAAAUUUAA